AUGUUUGGAGGGGCUUCUCUGCUGCAGUGCACGCCACAUGUUUGGAGGGGCUUCUCUGCUGCAGUGCACGCCACAUGUUUGAGGGGCUUCUCUGCUGCAGUGCACGCCACAUGUUUGGAGGGGCUUCUCUGCUGCAGUGCACGCCACAUGUUUGGAGGGGCUUCUCUGCUGCAUUGCACGCCACAUGUUUGGAGGGGCUUCUCUGCUGCAGUGCACGCCACAUGUUUGGAGGGGCUUCUCUGCUGCAUUGCACGCCACAUGUUUGGAGGGGCUUCUCUGCUGCAUUGCACGCCACAUGUUUGGAGGGGCUUCUCUGCUGCAGUGCACGCCACAUGUUUGGAGGGGCUUCUCUGCUGCAGUGCACGCCACAUGUUUGGAGGGGCUUCUCUGCUGCAGUGCACGCCACAUGUUUGGAGGGGCUUCUCUGCUGCAGUGCACGCCACAUGUUUGGAGGGGCUUCUCUGCUGCAUUGCACGCCACAUGUUUGGAGGGGCUUCUCUGCUGCAUUGCACGCCACAUGUUUGGAGGGGCUUCUCUGCUGCAGUGCACGCCACAUGUUUGGAGGGGCUUCUCUGCUGCAGUGCACGCCACAUGUUUGGAGGGGCUUCUCUGCUGCAGUGCACGCCACAUGUUUGGAGGGGCUUCUCUGCUGCAGUGCAGCGACACUGCAUUGCAUUGAACGUUGCCGCUCGUCCUCCUGCCCCCGCUCACCCCCAACCCGUUGCGCCCGCAGGUGCUGGGCGUAUGGAAGGCUGCGAGCCACAUGCUGAAGCACUUCAAGAAGUGGGCACGCCCCUGACGUUGAGGCCAGGCCACUCAGAGGUGGUGUACGAGCCGCUGGGCGUGGUGCUCAUCAUCGCGCCCUGGAACUUCCCCUUCCUGCUGAGUCUGGAGCCGCUGGUAGGAGCGCUGGCAGCGGGCAACGCGGUGGUGCUGAAGCCCUCAGAGCACUCCCCCGCCUCCUCGCACCUGCUCUCGCGCCUCCUGCCCCUCUACCUCGACUCGCAGGCCGUGCAGGUGGUGGAGGGCGGGCCAGAGACAGGCAAGGCACUGCUGGGGCGGCGGUGGGAUAAGAUCUUUUUCACGGGCGGCACUGCGCUGGGGCGCAUUGUGAUGGAGGCGGCCAGUAAGCAUCUGACACCUGUCACUCUGGAGCUGGGCGGCAAGAAUCCACUGUUCAUCGACGAGUCUGCUGACCUGGAGAUCUCAGCGAAGCGGAUCGUAUCGGGCAAGUGCACGAACGCGGGGCAGGUGUGCCUCGUGCCCGACUAUAUCCUUGCCUCCAAGGACGUGGCUGCGAGACUGCUGCCCCAUCUCAAGGCGGCCAUCGAGCAGUUCUACGGCACCAACCCCGCUCUCUGCCCUGACCUCGCCCGCAUCAUCAACGCCUCUCAUGUGCUCCGCCUGCUGAAGCUGCUCCAGCACCCUGCUACAGCCUCCUGUGUCGUGCACGGGGGGCAGAGCGAUGUUGAGUCGAGGUACUUUGCACCAACGCUGCUGCUCAACGUGCCCUGGGAUGCCCCCAUCAUGCAGUCCGAGGUCUUUGGACCCAUCCUGGCCAUCCAAACUGUGUCGGGAAUCGACGAGGCCAUUGACAUCAUCAACGCGCGCCCCAAGCCGCUGGUGGUGAUGGUGUUCUCGUCCCGGGAGGACACGAGGCAGCGCUUCCUCAAGGAGACCAGCUCGGGGGCUGUCGUGGCCAACGAGCUCAUCCUGCAGGCGGGCAACAUGGAGCUACCAUUCGGGGGAGUGGGGGACAGCGGCAUGGGGCGGUACAAGGGGCGCUGGUCCAUGGACUGCUUCAGCCACUGCAAGGCCGCCUACACCAAACCCCUCUCUAGGGACCUGGCGGCACGCUUCCCUCCCAGCACACAGCGCGGAGAGAUGAUUGUGAAGGCGGUGAUCAAAGGGGCGUACUGGACGCUGCUGCUGCUGCUGCUGGGGCUCAAGAAGCAUUAG